AUGUAAGACUUUUAUCAACUCAAACUUUAAACACAAUCUCACUUCACAAAUCCAAAUACUCCUCAUCAUAUCAAAACAAGGUAUCAAUUUUAUUUAUAUAACAAUAGACCUUUACCAAGUCCUUAAUCAGAAGAAAUUGAAACAUUUAGUUUAAAUGAUUCUUGGGACAGCAACAUUUCUCCCACAAAUAAAAAGACAUUUAAAGUCGAUAAACCCAUAUUAGUUAUCUAGUAUUUGGAUUACAAAUUAAGUGACUAAUUUUGA